GUCGAUUCUCUCUUUGCCGGUCCCCAUUCCUUCGUUUCCUUCGGCGCAAGCCCUUGAACAAUCAAAGACCCUCGCCUGGUAUUCCCCUUGAACGUCUGAACACGUUCAAGCGACGACUGUUGCGCUACCAGCUUUAUUCCGCGCACACAUUCGGUUUCGCAACAGAGAAACCCAUCACCAACAAACCAUGGACCGCCAGACGAUCAUGGAGACUAACCGGUCUCUUCGAACCAUUAAGAAUGAGCUGGAGAGCCUCCUCGAAAAAGGCGUCAUCGACGAAGCUGCCUUCGACACGAUCCACGCCGCCCUUCCCGCCGAAACGCCCCUUCGCGGAGCUGCCCCCGGCAGCGCGGCUCGCUCUGCCACCCAGACUCCCGCUCAGCCGGCAGCGACCGCGACGCCUCCUGUCCAGGCCUUCCAGAAUCUCAACGUCAACGGUGCCUCUCCUGCGCCGCCCUCGUACGAGGACACUCCUGCCCCCAACCUCCCCACGCGCACGCCGACCGGCAGGCCCGUCCUGGCCCAUGCCCGGGCCCUGUACCGCUACGAGGCCGCCGAUGGUCGCGACCUGAGCCUGGAAAAGGACGACAAGGUCGACGUGUACGAGUACAUGAACCAGGACUGGUGGAUGGGCCGCAACCACCGCACCGGCAUGGAGGGCAUCUUCCCCCAAAACUACGUCUUCGUCGAGCAGCAGCAGAAGGCUCCUACUCCUGCUGCCGCCCCUGUGGCGUUUCCACAGCAGCCGACGUACGGCUAUCCCGCCCAGUCUCAGGGACCACCGGCCCAGCAGAACCCGUACAAUGCCAGUGUUCCCCCUAUGGCGAUCGCGGAGGGCGGCCAGCCAGGUCAGCCGGGCGGCGCGGGCAAUGGCAAGGUUGGCGAGUACGGAAAGAAGUUUGGCAAGAAGCUUGGUAACGCCGCCAUCUUCGGUGCGGGUGCCUCGAUUGGUAGCAACAUCGUCAACAGCAUCUUCUAAGCGGCGAUACGCAGCCCUUCUCUGUUUUCUUUCGUUUUUGGGCCAUGACCCCUUGUCCUGUUCCCGAUCAUCUUCUCAUCACAUCUGGCACAUUUGCGGUAUGGCGUUUUUUGGAAUGGGAGUUGAGGCUAUCAGAAUGGACUUGUGAUUUCGUGCAAGAUUCAUGACCAUGGGGAGAUAAUAUCAACAUGCUUCUCUUCCUAAGUAGUUACAUCUUUUGCUCUUUG